AUCAAUCUUACACAUAGCGGUGGAGGUACAACUCGUGUGAAAGUGUUCAGUUAGACUAUAUGAUAAAUAUGGCAUAUUCAUCUAUAGGAAUAACGUUAACUACAUUACUCCUAAUUCUGAUAAAUCAGACUCUCUCAGCAGGGGUUCCAAGUGUUACUACGAAAUUAGGAACUAUAACCGGAGAGACUAAAAGUGUUACUUUUCAAGGAAAUGUGCAUCAAGUUAACAGAUAUCUCGGAAUUCCUUACGCUAAACCUCCAACUGGAGAUUUGAGAUUUCAACGUCCCGAGCCAUUCGGACCAUUUUCCGAGACAUACAAUGCUGCAGAAUUCGGAGCAUCAUGUCCACAACCGAGUUAUCCGCAUAUGCCAGUUGAGAAAAACACCGCUGAAGACUGUUUAUUUCUGAAUAUCUAUGUGCCGCGCCAGGAACCAGAUGAACCGUCUGGUCACGCGGUCAUGUUCUUUAUACAUGGCGGCGGGUUUUCAAUAGGUUCAGGACUUUUAUAUGACGGGGCAGUGCUGUCGUCCAUAGGAAAUGUGAUCAUUGUAACAAUAAACUAUAGACUGGGGCUUCUCGGAUUUCUUGAUAUUGACGACGAAAAGGCGUCCGGAAAUUUCGGAUUAUUCGAUCAACGUUUAGCACUUCAAUGGGUUCAUGAAAAUAUUGAUGCGUUUGGUGGAAACAAAGACAUGGUAACAAUAUUCGGGGAGUCUGCUGGGUCAAUGAGUGUUUCAAUGCAAAUGAUGUAUCCGCCAAAUAAAGGUCUGUUCAGAGGUGGUAUAGCUCAGAGUGGGGCUCUUAGUAUUCCUGGUGUAUACCCCGAAAAUAACAUUGGUAUGGCUAAAUAUUUUGCCGAAAAUAUGAGCUGCAGCGUUGAAACAAUGGAUGAAGUGUUCAACUGUCUAAAAGAAGCGUCGGCUGAGACUUUAAUCCAGGUAGUUAUGGAUGCAAUGGCAUCUGGUGGAAUGGCGUCUGCUGCUAGUGUGGGUGCUAUUCCAACAAUUGACGGCAAAUUCAUCAGAACCAAUCUUGGUGAUUUGCUUAAGAAAGCAGGGACUGACACCUUUGAGGAAAUAGACUUCUUCCGGUCAAUCAAACUGAUAAAACGGCGUAAAUGGUAACGAAGGGGCUUUGUUUUUAAUGAUGCUUGGAAAUGCUGAUACGUUGGAAGACCUGGAAAUAACCCGAGAACAAAUGAACACACAACAAAUUCCUGGUGCACUAGCAGUUAUGUAUGGUAAUAAACCUGUUCCGGAAGUGGUGAAACAACUUAUGAUUUCGGAAUACACGGACUGGGAGAAUCCAGACGAUCCAAAACGAAUCCGUGGGCAGGUAGUGGAACUUUUUGGGGACAUUUUUUUCAACACUCCUGCUGUGGACAUGAGCAGGGUUCAUUCAAAUGCAUCGAAUAUUGACAGUUAUGUGUACAAUUUUCUUCCUAAACUGGAGAAGCCCCUACUUCCAUUACCUAAGUGGGUGAAGUAUGCGAACCAUGGAGAUGAAUUAGGACCUGUAUUUGGCUACAACUUUGAUCCUAAGGCCCUUUUCAAUAUAUCUGAGUACACGCCACCAGAAUGGGAGCUUGACCUUUCAAACAGAAUGAUGAAAUAUUGGUCAAACUUUGCUAAAACUGGCGAUCCAAAUAAACCAGAUUCGGAACUGUUAGCAUGGCCAAAGUAUGACGUCAAUUCUCAGUCCUAUUUCAUGUUUGAUAGAGAAGAUUCCAUUGGUCAAUAUUUGUAUGCAAGACCAACGGACUUCUGGAAGAAAAUUGUUCCAGCUGUGAUCGAUGCUACUGAGCACGCGCAAACAGUGACGUCACAGUUUGGAAAGAAGGAAGAACAAACAUGUGAUAAAGAUGGAAAUUGCGGAUAGCUACAAACACUUUUACUUUUUUUAUUUUAUAUACAACAUUCUAGUGUCUUAUACAAAUAAAGGAACAUGUUUGUUUUGUACACCAUAUUAGCAUAUUGGUGAGAUUUAAAGUCUGAUUAUAUUAGAGAAAAUAAGAACUAUUUAUAUGCAAGUUUUCUACGUUUUUCUCCUUCGUUCUUCUUGUUCAGCUCCGCCAUUUUGUUAAAUCUUAAGGUAAUUUGCACAUCGGAUUACAAAAUAAUUUCAAUUAGGGGUUUAUAAAAUUUUGUACGUACAUGUGUCGUUUUACUAUUUUUUUUUGUUU